UCUGUAAUCUUCUUUCUCUUUCUUGUCAUCUAAGAAAGCUAAGUAGGCAAGCAAUGACAUCCACGAGAACUACCACACUAGUGUUGUUCAUUAUCUGUUUGAUCUUUAUACAAGAGUUGGAGAUCCAUGGGUUGGAGAUCGAUGGUGGAAAUCAGGACAUGGCAGCAGCCCACCAACAUAUAGAUUGUGGUGGAAAGUGCGGGUACAGAUGCAGUAAGGCAGGAAGGCCAAAAAUAUGCAUGAGGGCAUGCAAGACGUGCUGCCAGAGGUGUAAUUGCGUGCCACCUGGCACCGCCGGCAACCAAAACGCCUGUCCUUGUUACGCCUCUCUCACCACCCAUGGAGGAAAAUUGAAGUGCCCUUGAAUGCGAAUCAUCAUUCAUGAGUUCAAUAUUCUUCUCUGUGCAAGCAUGCGGCUAUCAAGACAAUAAUAUAAUGCAAAGUUUACGGGAGGGAAAACAAAUAAGACUAGUUAAGCACAUAGCUCAUCGAUUAGUCUUAAGAUCUGAUGAAAAAUUAAGUGGGUUAAUCGUCUUAAUCAUGAC